AAUGCAGCACUACUCUCGUCAUUGCUGAUGAUACUACAUGCGUUCCAACUUGUAUAAAAGCCACGCGAUCUUUGCUUGAACGUAGACUCAAUUUCAGUUCAGAUUAGCAAACCAUCAUUUUCCUCAAACAACACCAUAUCAAUCAAUGGCUACUGUUCGUCCUCCCCCGUUAACUUCCACCUCCGAUCCUCCCCCACUUUUUGAUGGAACCACCAGGUUGUACACCAAUUAUAAUUGUCCCUAUGCACAACGUGUGUGGAUAACUAGGAACUACAAGGGGCUACAAGACAAGAUUCAAUUGGUUCCAAUAGACCUUCAAAACAGGCCUGCUUGGUAUAAGGAGAAAGUCUAUCCAGAAAAUAAGGUGCCAUCCUUGGAGCACAAUGGCAAGGUACUGGGAGAAAGUCUUGAUUUGAUCAAAUAUGUGGAUGCCAACUUCGAAGGGCCGUCUAUCUUUCCUAAUGAUCCUUCCAAGAAAGAGUUCGGUGAGGAGUUGAUAUCCCAAGUUGAUACAUUCACCAGAAACCUGUUCACUUCAUUGAAAGGGGAUGCUGUACAACAAACCAGUCCUUCCUUUGAAUUCUUGGAGAAUGCUCUUGGUAAAUUUGAUGAUGGGCCUUUCUUGCUUGGUCAAUUCAGUUGGGUCGAUAUUGCCUAUAUUCCAUUUGUUGAGCGAUUCCACAUUGUCCUUGCUGAGGUAUUCAAGCAUGACAUCACCGAAGGAAGGCCUAAACUCGCAGCGUGGAUUGAGGAGGUGAACAAGAUUGAUGCUUAUACACAGACAAGAAUCGAUCCUAAGGAAAUAGUUGAUAUUUUCAAGAGUCGUUUUCUGCCUCAACAACAGUGAACGUUGGAUUUCAGGGAGCUUCCUCUAAGAUGUAGACUCUAGCCAAUAAAGCGUCAUUUGUAUUACUAGGACGCGUCUUUAAGUAUGGGUCUGUUAAUUGCUCGAGUUGCAGAAUGUGUUGAUGCAUGGUUAUGUUUAGUGUUCAGGUUGUUUGAUGUCAUAAUAAUGUUUAUGUACCUGCUUGUGUUCAAUAAUUGAUGGUAUUAUCCUACUUGAAUUAUAAUGACUUAUGGUAUCAAACUUUUACAUCCCAA